AAGGCUGAAUGCGCAGGCGCCAUGUGACGCCUCACCAGCCCGGGCCGGAGGAGCGCAGGACCUUGGCUCCCGUGCGCUUGCGCAGUAGCCGACGCGGGCGUUUCUUUCCUUUUUUUCGAAUUGGUGUGGAGGUGGGGUCGGUCCGAGUUACAAGAUGGCGUCCCGGGGUUCGUUGGGGGCUGUUAGCCCGGCCGUCUGAGGCUGGAGAGGCGGGCUUCCCUCUCACUGCGGAGCACGGAGAGACGAGGCCCCCAGGGGACAUGGUGUGGGAGACCCCGAGUUUGCUGACCACGAACUCCUUCGAGGCUCUCAGCGCCCCGGAAGCCACCGAGCUCCUGUGGAGACGUGAUCUCGGCCCUGCGCACGGCCGCGCCCGCGGGAAGGUUCAAAAACAUGGCCAAAAGAAUUGCUGAGAAGGAGUUGACAGACAAGAACUGGGAUCAGGAGGAUGAAGCUGAAGAGGUCGGGACAUUCUCGGUGGCCAGCGAGGAGGUCCUGAAGAACAGAGCCAUAAAGAAAGCGAAGCGCAGAAACGUGGGAUUUGAAUCAGAUGGUGGAGGAGCCUUCAAAGGGUUCAAGGGCUUGGUGGCACCUUCUGGAGGAGGAGGAUUUGCUGGGUUCGGUGGGAGCCCCGGCGGGAAGCCUCUGGAAGGACUGUCGAACGGAAGCAGCACGAGCGCCCCUCCCUUGGCCAGCGCACGGCCAGCGGCAGAGCCCACGGCUGCAUCUGGUUCUGUUGCUGCAAACGGCCCUACUAUCCUGGCCGAUAAAAAGAUCACAGAUCCCCCGACAGCCAGCGAUGGCCAGCCAGCCUGCGGCCUCGGGCCGAGGCCAGCCUGUGCUGGGAGCGCGUACCACAGGCAGCUGGCCGCCCUCAACUGCUGCGUGCGAGACUGGAUCCUGCAGCAUGUGAACGCCAACCCCCUCUGCGACCUGACCCCCAUCUUCCAGGACUACGAGAAGCACCUGGCCAGCAUCGAGCAGCAGGGCGGCGGGAGCACCCCGCACGACGUGGGCAGGACGGUGACCACAUCCGCCCUCGGGGAGCAGGAACCCGCGUUUCUGUUUCAAGGCAGCAAAGCCAGGGACGCUGCGGAGAAGGAGGUCGGGUUGCAGAAGCAGGCCGCGUCACUGGGAGCAGCAGGUGCCUCAUUCAGUUUCGGCAAGAAGCUUGACAGCUCCGCCGUGGGCCCCCUCAGCUCUGCUCCCCUGGCUGGAUUUUCAUUUUCCUCUGGGAACUCCAGUGUAUCCAGCACGGACGGUACCCAGAGUCAACCGGCUUCUUCGCCCUUCCCCGCUAGAACGUCAGAGAGCCAAGCAGGCGGUGGCAGGAGCGAGAACCAAGGAGAGGAAGAGGAGAGUGAGGAGCCGCCCAAGGUCGUGGUCACUGAAGUGAAGGAAGAAGAUGCUUUUUACUCCAAAAAGUGUAAGCUAUUUUACAAAAAAGACAAUGAAUUUAAAGAGAAGGGUGUGGGCACGCUGCACCUCAAGCCUACAGCAAGUCAGAAGACGCAGCUGUUAGUACGGGCUGACACCAACCUCGGCAACAUCCUGCUCAAUGUUCUGAUCCCGCCCAACAUGCCGUGCAGCCGCACCGGGAAGAACAACGUGCUGAUCGUCUGCGUCCCCAACCCCCCGCUCGACGAGAAGAACGCCAGCGCCCCGGCCACCAUGCUCAUCCGGGUGAAAACGAGCGAGGACGCGGACGAGCUGCACAGGGUCCUGCUGGAGAGGAGGGACGCCUGAGCUGCUGCCC